CCAAUGUCGUAUCGUGCAUCGGGUCCGCUGCAUGAUUCACCUUCCCCUGGUCCAGGCGGAGAAAGACCGGAGAGGAGUCGAAACGCGAAGGCUCAGGCCAAACAUCGCGCGAAGCGGGCUGCUUAUGUCAAGGGACUUGAGGAUGACAAUCUCCGUCUCAAGGCUCAGCUCGAGGCGGUGAUGUCCCAACGUGGCUUAUCUGCCAUGGCGGGAACAUCGCACGGUGCCAUAGGUAGCGAGCCGGAGAGUCGGCGUCUGCAGGAGGCCGAGCUCGAGCUCGCUCGGCUUCGUUCUGAGAACGUUUCCCUGCGUGCUCAGCUUGAGAGGACGGGCGUCAGCGUUCCACAGCACUUGGACUUGUAUGGUGGAGGCAUUGACCGCCCGCACAGUGCCUCCUACCCACAACGUCCUGCUGUGGAUAUGCAUGGGGCCUACCCGCCUCCGCGGUCUGGCUCCACCUCGUCUAAUAGCGAGUCCUCAAUAUCUCCUGCCGUACAGCAGCCCGUUCCUCCAAUGCUUCCACGCUCGCACCAGGGUGGUGCCGUGCAGCCGUCUCAGGAGUCUAUGGGCCCCAUUCCGAGAGUUUCUUCCCCCGCAGCCGUCCCAGGAGGACUUACAACAAACAAUCUAUCCGCCAGUUCAAUACGAUCACCUUACUCCCAGCCUCCACUCCCACCCGGCCAACACAAUGCCCAGCACGCUACCUCCAAUACGCGCGAUUCAAUGACCUAUCAAAACUAUCUCUCUUCUGGAGCUUAUGCUUCUACCACUUCUAGAGGUCAAUCGUUCAUGCCACAGGAUGGUUACAUGGGACAAUCGUCAUCAUACCCCGGGUCUUACGAUCAGCAAACGCAGGCCCAACCCUGGGCUACUUCAUACAACGUUCCGGGGGGCUCCACCACCACAACGCCCAACGCGUCCACCUAUCAGUUUCAGAACGCUUUUGCUCAUCCCCCGCCACCGCAGCAGCAGCAACAAAACACUCGGCAGCCACCUGCAGGAGGUGGAGGUGGCAUGGUGAAGUGGGAAGCCGAAAUGUAAUUCCAAUGUACCUAUGGUCUAUCUCUAGCCCUUGUUUCUCUGUUCUGCCUUGCCCUUCCUUGUUUCCCUCAUCACCAACGUUUCCACAACAUCCAGUGUCCUCCCGCUGUAUCGAUGAGAUUGUUUUCCAUUUAGACCUUAAAGGUGGAUAAUGUGAAACAAGGUGAUUAAUUUCCC